UGUGUUAAAUUCAGCAAACCCUAAAAGAAAGAUAUAUUAUCUUCCUAGAAAUCGCGUCUCUUUGUGUCACGCUUCCGGGCUAAAACAUGACAACGGGGUCCAGCCACGACGGAGCUUCCAGGAGGGCUAGUAAGAUCGGAAAUCGUAAACGCACCUUACGGCUGGCCAGUGAAAUCGUUCUCAAUGAUCACAUCGACAUCAAGGGGAAACCCUGCAGGGUUCUUGAGGCCUACACGAAGAGAAGCCUUCGUUACUUUUACACCAUAGAUAUAUUAACUGGCUACAUCGUGUGGAGCAUUGUUCCCACUUCCACAAAAUUUGUUAUUCCAGAUGUGAGCACUGAUAUUUACCAGUUGAUUGGUAUCUCCUACAAGAAUCAUUCUGUUACGCUUCUACAUCUUAGCAGUGACUACACUAGGAACGAUAUCUUUCUUCCCGAGGACAGGCAACUCAGGAACCUGAUGGUUAAUGGAUUCAACGAUGAUAAGAUAGUUUACGUGGCUGUCGUGUCUUCACUGGGGAAGGAUGCCGUCUAUCGAGUCCAAGUCGACGACAAGACCGAUUCAGCUAUCAGUCAUGUUGUGGCCAAUAAUGUUGGCUUCAAAGAAUAAGGCCCUAAUUGUCUUUGGCAUGGGCACAGUGCCAGACAUUUACUCAACCCGGACCAUGAUAAAUAGCACCAAUUGAAAAAAAAAAUUAUGUAGUUGCUUUUCUGUGUUUUGUUUUAUUUCUCUUAAAAAAUAUUUUUUAUUUUGGGAGCUGGUUAUUUUUGUAAACUAAAUAAAUGUUCCUUCAGAUUAAAGACCUAAAAG